AUGGCGGGCGGCAACCUUCCCGGCUCCUUUCUAGGACGCAUGGAUUGGCUACAUGUCUACAUUGCCUGCGCUGCAUUUGCCGUCUGUGGAUUCGUUGCGCUGGUUCUGUUUGCGUCCCGGCAAACGCGCAAAGUUGACUACGACAGUGGCAUCUUCACCUACCUGAAAUUCAUCUACGCAAGCUUCCUCAAGCCUCAUGAGAAGAGCGGAAGAGGACAGCAGGAUGCACUGGAGAGCUUCUACAAGACCCAAGCCAGUGUGUACGAUGCGACUCGCAAGCGCCUCCUCCGCGGACGCGAGGACAUGCUGGGCCUUGUUGCUGCGCAAUUGAAGCAUAAGGUUGACAGCCAGGAGCUCAAAGCUGGAGAAGCCAUCUGGGUUGAUAUUGGUGGAGGCACUGGAUACAAUAUCGAAGCGAUGUCCGCCUUCCUCUCGGUGCCAGACUUCUUCGCGCACGUCUAUCUAGUCGAUCUUUCUCCCUCCCUUUGUGAGGUUGCCCGCCAGCGUUUCCAGAGACUGGGCUGGAAGAACGUCAGCGUCGUCUGCCAGGACGCGAGGUCCUUCCGGUUGCCCGAGGAGGACAGGGUAGAUCCGCGCUGCGAGACCACCACGGCGACGGGCGCUGAUCUGGCUACCAUGAGCUACAGUCUGUCUAUGAUUCCAGACUACUACAGCGUCAUUGACUCACUGCCUGCGCUGAUCAAGCCUUCUGGCGUUGUGGGAGUUUGUGAUUUCUAUGUGCAAAGCAUCGUGGACGUCUCCUCACGCAAUUACAUUGGCGGCGCCUUCAAUCGCCAUGUGAACUGGCUUGGGAGAGCCUUCUGGCGUGCCUGGUUCGACGCGGACCGUGUCAGUCUUGAGGCUGCUCGUCGUGAUUACCUUGAAUACCGCUUCGGGACCGUGAUUUCAGCCAGUGAGAGGAAUUACCUGUUGGGUGGAAUUCCCUACUACAUCUUCGUGGGAUGCCAGAAGGAUUCCACUACACAUUCCGGCCGCGAUGCCAUUGAAAAGCUCAACGCCUCUUUCACGGAGUCUCCGUACCUCUCUCCCGCGAAGCAUCGGAGCGAGAUAGAUGCGGCUAUUGUGAGCAGCACGCAGGAGAUCAAAUCCAAAGCGUACGAAUCUGCCGUGAUCAACCUCGGCUCCAACCUUCCUCUGCCUUCGUCAUUCUAUCAGAACCACCAUUACCGCAUCUUCUAUGACGACCUCCUCCCCAAGCACACCCAGUUCGGCAACGAGUACAUCUAUGCUUUCAACUGGGAAGACCCCCGUGUUGACCACAAACUACUCAACAUCCAGCGCGACGACGUCAUCCUCGCCAUCACCAGUGCAGGCGACAACAUCCUGGACUACCUCCAAAAGAGCCCCCGCCGGGUGCAUGCCGUGGACCUGAACCCCAAUCAAAAUCACCUUCUCGAGCUCAAGGUCGCCAGCUUCAUCGCACUUGGCCACCGUGACGUCUGGAAGAUCUUUGGCGAGGGCAAACACCCGGACUUCCGCCGGCUCCUCAUCACCAGACUGAGCCCUCAUCUCUCGAGCCAAGCCUUCCAGUACUGGCUCGAGCACACGCACGUCUUCGCCUCCUCCUCGGGCAAGGGCCUGUACGAGACCGGCGGCUCUCGCCAUGCCAUCAAGAUGGUCCGGUACCUCUUCAAGGUCUUCGGGCUCCAGUCCCAGGUCCAGCAGCUCUGCGAGGCGCAGACGCUGGCCGAGCAGCGCAAGAUCUGGCCCAGGAUCCGCGCCGUUCUAAUGAGCAAGCCGCUGCACUGGGCGGUCGUAGGGACCGAAUGGUUCGCCUGGAAGGCGGCCGGGGUGCCCCGCAACCAGCGCAACAUGAUCAUCGACGAUUUCUACAAGCGCAACGGGCUGAACAAGAAGAUGAAGCAGGCCAAGGACGUCAGCGGCCAGUCGAUCUGGGAGUACGUCGUGGACACGUUGGACCCCGUCGUCCAGGAUACCCUCAUCAGCAAUGACAACUACUUCUAUUUCCUGUGUUUGCAGGGCCAAUUCUCCCGCAGAUGCCACCCCGCCUACCUCACCCCAAAAGCCCACGUCAAGCUCUCCUCCCCCGGCGCCUUCGACGGUCUCCGCAUCCACACCGACGAGAUCAACGAAGUCAUCAAGCGCAUCACACCGAGGAGUCUCACCAUCGCAGUCAUCAUGGACUCAAUGGACUGGUUCGACCCCACCAGCGACGCCGCCGCCGCCCAAGCCCAGAAACUCAACCACGCGCUGAAGAAGGGCGGCCGCAUCCUCCUCCGGUCCGCCAGCAUUGACCCCUGGUAUAUCCGGCACUUCGAGGCGAACGGCUUCUCCGCGAAGCGGGUCGGGGCCAGGGUCCCUGGUACUUGUAUUGAUCGUGUGAAUAUGUACGCGUCGACCUGGAUCUGUACCAAGACCCGGGAUCUGGAUCGUCCGGCGCCGAGUCGGGCGAUGUCGGCUUUGUCGCUGAAUGAGUGA